GACUCCGAUCGGUCAGACGCGUUCGUGGCUAGCUCCCGGGAGACUUGUACCGUUUGUGACUUGUGGUUGAGACUCUUGUGUGUGUGUGUUUUUUUCUUUCUAAAGUUCUGAAGAAAUCUGAAGAGACAUUUAAGCAAAGUGUUGUGUUCUGUGCGUGUGCGCCUUUCGGUCUUUACCUGCUUGUGAUUGUGUUAAAGGAAGGGAGGGUCGCCGCAAACACUUCCGAACUUGCUGAACGCAGAACUAGUCGUGGAACAAUUGAUUGUGUUUUGGUGAAAUUCUUGGUAGCGGCGUGGAAUAUACUCGUUCGUGGUGCGUUAGCUUUUUUGUUUUUUGUUCGUUGGUCUCUGAGUGCGUGCGUGUGUUUGCGAGGGAUAGGAAAUCGAAUCGAACCCUUAUUCUACGGAAAGCUAGAAGACUUGUAGUGCAAAACUAAAUCGCGUGCCCGAUUGUUUCGAAAUUUGUGCCUAUAUCACCUGACAAUCUCGGCGAUCAUGGAAUCCAACAAGGAAGUUGAUAUGGUAAAGCUCGAGAACGUGCUGGAACCUCGGCCGCAAGCGGUGGAAGAACAAUCCCCACCAGCGGUCGAGAACGUUGGCGAAUCGGUUCUGCCGGUACCCGGCGACGAUCAACCAAACGAUCUUGAUCAAUCGGACGAUCAAAGUGACGAUAGCGAGCAGAAAUCCUGGCAGAGAAACAUCAACAUUGGCGAGUUGUCAGUGUCGGACGCGUCGAACGAUCCAUCGGACGACGAAGAUACGGUCGAGCCGGAGGAUGACGAGGAAACCGUUCGCGAGGAAUUGAUUGAGCUACCAAUCAUUCCGGAGUAUGAUACAGACGAGGAAAGCGGGGGUCCGAUGGCCCAGAUGGUUUCGUCGAUCGAGCAAACGAUGAGGUGCCGAAUUCAGCUGCUGGUUAGGCGGCUAGAGAAUGGUCCGACCUGUUCUUGCGAUGGCUGUGUAUGCGAAGCGAAACCGGUGAACGAGGAAGUAACGGUUGCAGUCGAAACGGUCGAAUCAGUUUCGCAACCAGCUAUGAACGGCGAACGGAAGGACCCGGAAGGGGCAACGGAUGCGGAUGCUGGUGGACGACAGGCAUCGGAAAUGCCAAGUGAUGAGCCGCAAAGUGAAGUUGUGCCGGAAAGCGUCUCGAAGGAUGGGGCAACGGUUCCGGAAGCUGGUGGACGUAAUGAACCGCCGCUUAAAGUUGUGAAGAACGACGCACAGAAAGACACCGCUGGGGCAACGGUUUCGGAAGCGGGUGGACAAGAAUCGGAGAAUGCAAGUGUCGAACCACAAAGUGAAGUUGUGAAGGAGGGUGGCCAAACGGGCAACGCUGCUGGUGAUGCAUCGGGCGCGGAACCAACUCACUCGGAGGCGUGUGAAGCGAACGUGGAGGUUGCUGCAGAAGUGCUGCCACCGACUGCGGACCAAGAGGCCGAACCAAAAGAUGUGGUCGAUACACUCUUUUUCAGAUUUUUAACUAGAGUUAAUGAUUUAUUACUAAUUUGCAAUUAUUAUAAACAAUUAUCAAAAAUUUUCUCAUUUUUGCUAAAAUUUUAUCUAAAGUUCACGUAUCUCAGUAGAGAGAAUUGAGUGAAAAAUUUAUCUUUAACUUUAACCCACGAAAGUGACUCUCUGGCAGUUCUGUAAAAUUCGCCUCUAUGGCGUAGACUCUCUCGUAUCACACUCUAUAGGCGUACCUACAUCUUGAUCUUAUUAAAAAAAAUAGUUUGUUAGCAUUAAAUUUUUAUUUUCAUAAUUGAUUGAUUAACAUAUUAAAAAAAAAUCAAAAAUAUUCAAGUGUGAACCCCUGCGUCUGGGCCAAUGCGUAUCGCUUCCGAUUUUGUAUUUGAGGGUCAAAUUGCUCUGAAUGUUCGCUAACAAGUCACUUUGUGGGAGCAAGAAUCUUUUUUUGAUUUCGAUUUUAGUCUUAGUGAAGUCAUCCUAACUGAGUGAAAACCUCGAUAGGAGUUGGCCACCUAGCACCACAAGCAUACUUUAAGAUUACUCUGAAGCAAAGAAUCAACUCUGAAGCAAAGAAUAGUCAUCCGAGGAAGCAAAAGUACAGUAAAUGUUAAUCGUCUUCAGCGUAAAGCAGGAAGUGCAAGGAAAAACUCCUGAAGAAAUGCUGAUCAAGUUUAGCUUAAUCAGAACAACCUUUCAAAAAACGUGUUAACGAUUGUAGAAUUAGCUCACCAAAUCCUAACAUCAGUCUUCAGACUAACGAAAAUCAGUCUUAACAGCCAUCUUGAUAAGUACUCAUAGCUGUGCUGCAGUUGAAAAUCAUGUUUCAGUUUUCUUCUUCUUGGCUCAACGACUCGCUAGAACAGGUCGCCCAUCUAGGGCGAACUUAUUGAUAUCAGUUAGUUAAACAGUCAGUCCUCACCAUCUGUGAAGUUCUUGUGAGUCCUGCCGGCACUGAUACAGCCUCGACUACCAAACCGUCCCCAUGAUUCCUUGACAAUUACUUAUCUAUGUUCGACAGACUUUUUUUUGUAAAUAGGCGAGCGGAUUUUGAAAAAGUACGAACGAUAUCAAAUGAAAAUGACAGUUUCUAGAUUGUAGCGAGACUAGGAGCAGAAGUUUUUCAUGUAUUGAAGUAGCCAGCAGGAUUAGCCCGUAAGAAAGAUAUUAAACUCGAUAAAAAAAGCACAUACAAACAUCUCAUAAAUAAUUUAGUUGCGGAUGCUAUCAAUUGCAUCAUUACGAGCAAUAUUUGCCCUUCGAUGACAUCCUGUAAUGUAUUUUUUUCGGUAAUGACUUACGAAAACCAUCUAUGAUGGCAGUACGUUACAGCGGAUAAGUAACCAAUAGCGUAGAAUCGUAUGCUGUAUUAUUAAACGUUGGGGUAGUAUUGAUAGAACCUCACACAUUCCUUAUGUGUAUUAACAUCUGCUUGCCUGCCAAGAUGCAGAGCUACGAUAGAUUUCAACGUUCAGCCACAAAUAAUUGCCAAUUAACCAUCAACUUUACGAUGCUUGCUUCUGACAUACGCGGAACGGCAUUUACCAACCAAUGAACAGCUGAGUUGGUCUGUUGCUUAAUAGUGCACACUCCUGAAUCUCAUUACGUAUUAUACAAUUCUCUGAUUAUAGAUCUGUCAGCCUAAGGUUUCGCCUACCAUCCAUGAUUAUAUGUAAGUAGUGUAAGCUUUGCGAGUGUCGUGCUGGUGUUGUGUGGCGUUAUAAUAUAUCAUAUAUAAAAGUGACUUAGUUAAAUCGGGGUUGCGUGUGUGCGUGUGUGCUGCGUUAGCACACAUAGUUAUAGAACUUGCAGUAAAUUAAUUUUAAGAUGACAACUUAGCUGAACGGGGUAGCAUAACAAUCUUCACCACACCUCGGGCUGCAGCAAGCAACUCCACAAGAAUCUCUGCAUCAUCAUUUUAAUGAUGAGUGUAACGACGGUUCGAUGUGGUUGCAGAGGUCGACAAAUAUGAAGUACUGGAAGGAUAAAAAAAGCAAAUCAAGCUGGAAGCUGCAUGCAACCAGCAGCUUGAAACAGAUCGGUCGACACGGUAGCGUGGCUCUUUUUUUGUUUUGUACAAAGAAUCUCCGCAUCAUCAUUUUGUGACGCAUGUGACGACGAUUCGAUGUGCUUUUACCCACUGAAACAUGGAUGAGCGGCGAUGGAGCGAUGCAGAAAGGCGAGUAACCAACAUGAAUGAAAAUGUGUGACUGUUCCCAAUGGUAACUAUUGGAUGUAGGGGUGUACGGAAGUACAGAAGCAGUAGCUUAGCAGCAGCACUCUCAAAUCAAAUCCAAUGCUCUGCCAAGCAUCGAAUAAAACAUCGAACACGAACCACCCCAGUAAAGUUAUAUGGAGGUCAGGCAACAGGGACACACAUUGAAGGCGAUCAACUUUAGUAUGGAAGCAGUUUGUAAGCAGCAGCCUAAAAUCAAACAAAUCGGUUGGCAUUGUCACCCCUCGGGGAUUGCAUUUUCUGACAAAGAAUCUCUGCAUCAUCACUUUGUGAUGAAGUUGACGACGAUUCGAUGUACGUGUACGAUGCACAGACAGCAAUCACGAUUGGUACAGAAGUCGUGAGUAAGCAGCAGCUUUAAAUGAAACCGCAGUAUGUGGCGUAUAAAGCAACCAAGAUUAGUAGGAAAGCAGUAAGCAAGCAGCACCAAGAGCAGUCCAUAAAUUGUAGAGCAUUAGAUGCAGCUGAACGACGACCGUGGGUUAUGGAAACAUUAAACGACACAGAAAGCAAACCAAGGUUUUAGUACAGAGGCAGUAGUACGGUAACUAGCAGCUGGAAAUCAAACAGAUCGGUUGACACUGUAACUCGGCACGGCAUCACGAAAUUUUUUUACAAGGAAUCUCUGCAUCAUUCGGAAGUCGGAAGACAGGCUGGAACAGGACAUGGAGCUUGGACCUGUUUUCGUCUUACAGCAACCGGAAACGUUGUGCGGAAUAUGGGCUAAUGGCGCCGAAAGCAGCAGAAGAGAACAGUGUUAAAUACCAUCAAAAACACCACUCCCACUAUAUUCACACUGACGAGGUUUUCCUGAAAUCCCAUAAAUACUUAGUAAUGGAGCUGAACUCAUCAAGGCAUCCAAGAUGCGGGAUACGGAAAAAAACGCAGUGUGAUGGCAGUGCACCAUGUUUAAGCCGGUUCAGGUUAAUCGAAAAAAAA